CAGACUGCUUGUUUGGACACACAGUCAGUGAGUUUGAAGGGGUCGGUUGGAGCAACAGUUCUUCAUUCAGUCCGUCAGUCGUGCACGAUGAGUCUGAACAUCCCAGGACUCGUGGUGAUGGUGCUCUUCUACCUGCUGGUGCUGGGCACCGGCAUUUGGGCCUCCAUGAAGUCCAAUCGACUGAAGAAGAGCAGCCAGGCGGACAUUACAGAGAUCACUCUGCUGGGGAACAGAGGGAUCAGCCUGGUGGUGGGAAUCUUCACCAUGACAGCUACAGCUGUUGGAGGGGGCUUUAUCGUCGGGCUGACAGAGGUAGUGUACACUCCAACCAUGGGGCUGGCCUGGGCUGUCAUACCAGUAGCAGUAGCCCUCUCUUUCAUUGUUGGUGGACUUUUCUUUGCCAAGCCGAUGAGAGACAAAAAAUAUGUGACGAUGAUUGACCCGUUCCAGAUCAAGUAUGGAAAUGUAAUAAGUGGAGUUCUGGCCAUUGUACUGCUGAUAUGCGACAUACUAUGGGUUACAACAACUCUUAUUGGUUUAGGUGCAACAAUGAGUGUGGUGUUGGAUUUGGACUAUACCGUUUGCAUUUGGAUCUCUGCCGCAGUAGCCAUCAUUUACACACUGCUGGGAGGCCUCUACUCUGUAGCCUACACAGACGUCAUACAGCUUACCCUCAUAUUCCUCAGUUUAUGGCUAUGUGUCCCAUUUAUCCUGAUGAGUCCUCAUUCAACUGACAUCACCAAGACUGCUUUAAACUUCACCUACCAGGCCCCCUGGAUUGGUUCAGUGGAUAAAGACAUAGCGUGGAGGUGGAUUGAUAGUUUCUUAUUAUUGACUUUUGGUAACCUUGGGUAUCAGAGCUUCCACCAGAGGACCCUGUCAGCCGCCUCCUCAACCACAGCCAGGAUAGCUUGCUUCACUGCGGCACCCCUAGUCAUUAUUCUGGGAAUCCCAUCCUGUCUUAUUGGAGCAGUCGCAGCAUCAACAGACUGGAACUCUACCUUGUACGGCUCCCCGUCCCCAUACGCGCGAGGAGAGGCCGGUCAGAUUCUGCCCAUUGCUCUGCAGCACCUCACCCCAAACUACAUCUCCAUCAUCGGCAUCGGAGCUAUAGCUGCUGCCGUGAUGUCAUCAACAGACUCCGCUCUGUUAUCAGCCGCCUCCAUCUUCUCAUCCAACAUCUAUAAGAACAUCUUGAGGACCAAGGCAUCGGGUAGGGAGCUCCAGUGGGUGAUCCGGGCCACUGUGGUGUUGGUGGGCUUGGCUGGCACUGCGCUCACCUUCCUAAACAACAGCAUCAUGGUUUUCUGGAUCCUGGGCUCUAGCAUAACCUACAUUUUCAUGAUUCCUCAACUCACCUGCGUCCUCUUCUUCAAUAUCUCCAACGGAUACGGCUCCAUUAUUGGCUUGCUGGUUGGACUUUUGUUAAGAGUGCUGAGCGGCGAGCCGUCAUUUGGGUUACCCAUUGUUCUCCACUUUCCAGGUUCCACUCUUGAAAACGGCAUAUAUGUCCAGCGCUCUCCUGUACAGACGAUCUGCAUGUUGUCCAACAUGUUUGCCACUUUGUUGUUCUCCUAUCUAUUUUCACUGCUCUUCGAUAAAGGACUGAUUCCUGAAAGGUGGGACGUAUUUAAAGUGAAAACCCACAAACCACAGAAGAAACGAAUGCUAAUGAUCAAUGAUACCACUAAGACAGACAAGGAGGAGGAAUCUCAGAAAGAGACUGAGUUGAUGUUGACCACAAAUCUGCAAGGUUGAAAAAUAAAUGAUUUAAUGCUAAUCUAUAAUGUUUUGUGUGAUGCUUUAGCUAUUGUCUCUACUUUAAGACCAAACAUUGUAAAAUGAUAGGCCGUGCUGCCGGCACACGUCUUUUUUUCCAGGAUCAUGCCAGAGAGUCUAAAAGGGACAGUGAACUAUAAUGUCCUUAUGUCUGGUGUCAAGUCAAUUUCAUUACAAGAUGGCCAAAAGUUUUCUGAAAAGGAUGAAGAAAUGACUUAACACACUGCCAAAGGCUGGGGAUUGUUCAUUGAAGACUGUCAGAAAACAAGCUUCUUAAAAUGCAAACAAGCUAGGUCAAUGGUUAGACUGAAAGAGCUAAUGAAGUCAAAGGACAAUACAAAUGACAUACAAUGAAAUGAAUCAAGCAAAAUCCAUUGCUGAACGUUCCACUGUCUUGAAAAAAAUGGAGGAUAAUAAUCGAUGACGGACUCAGUUAAACACACUUUCAAUGGGAAUGAUUAUCUGAAAUCCAUACAGGAGUUGGACAUGGACAAAGACUAUCUGACCAUAGAGAGAGCACUGGUGCUUUGAAACAGCAAUGUUUAUUGUUGGCAUAUUAUAAUACCGUUUUUUGUUUUGAUUUAUCAUGCAAUAUUAUUUUGAACACUUGGCUUCAGUGAUUAGCUUCACAAGGGUGUAUAAAUAGGGCCAUAGGUGACCGGAAAGGAAGGGGAACAGGUAGAGAGAGAGCACACAGUUCUUACCAGAGGCUGCAACAAGCGCUAACAGAUACAGCCACGCUUUAGAUGCUAACUGCAAGAGACCACAAAGCAACCACCUAACAACUCGCUGGCAGAAAACAAAAAUUGGUGUUGUAAGAAUUUCAAUAAAUCACUGACUAAACAGCAACCAACUAUCGGACAAUCUUCUGUUUGUGUCUGUGUAAGUUUACUUUCACCACUUACUUACCUUUGUGAUAAUGGCAAAUGCAAAGGGGAUAUUGGGACAGGAAAAACAAUGCCAGCUAAAGGUUACUUAAGACCAUGUGAGUGUGACCAGCUAGACCUCAGUUCUUUCCAUGUCCAUCAGCCAAGCAUCUAGGUUGAGUUAUCAUGUAACUUUAGCUUUCUUGUUAAUACCAACUGGACUUUGAUCUCCAUCCAAAUCAGGCAAACUAUGCCAAUGAUCUAUGGUCAGUUAACAUGUAACUUUAGCUAGCUUUUUAUUAUUGUUGCUGAAUUAAUGACAAUUUUCUCUAUACAGUGAGCAUGUGUUACCUUUUAUCCAGUAAUAGAGUGCAUAAUAAUUGCGGAUGGCAACAUUGAAUACAUAUGCGCCCAUGUAGUUAUACUAAUAAUAAUAAUAAUGAUAAUAAACAUUUAUUUAUUUACAUAGCACCUUUUGGAGAAGAAUUGCAGCUCAAAUUGAUCUACAUUUACACAGAAUAAAGACAAAAAACACAUCGAUUUAAAGGAAACACAGGUAGGGAGUUAAAGGUG